ACGACACGAAAUGGAGCACGAGGUGUGGUGGCUGCUGUGUGCAGCGCUCGCCGCGGCGAUGGCGUACUGUGCCGCCGGCACGGCGCGGCGCCGGCGCCGGCGCCGAGGGCUGCCUCCUGGCCCGCCGCCGCUCCCGGUGAUCGGCAACGUGCUCAGCCUGCGCGGCAACAUGCACCACGCGCUGGCGCAGCUGGCCGGGGAGUACGGCCCCGUGAUGACGCUGAAGCUGGGGCUCGUCACCACCGUGGUCGUCUCGUCGGCCGACGCGGCGAGGGAGGCGUUCACAAGGCACGACCGGCGCCUCGCGGCGCGCGCGGUCCCGGACGCCAGCCGCGCGCGCGGGUUCGCCGAGCGGUCCAUGAUCUGGCUGCCGAGCUCCGACCCGCGGUGGAAGACGCUGCGCGGGGUGGUGGCCACGCACGUCUUCUCCCCGCGGAGCCUCGCCGCGGCGCGCGGCGUCCGCGAGCGUAAGGUGCGCGACAUCGUGGCCUACAUCGCCAAGCACGCCGGGGAGGAGAUGGACAUCGGCCAGGUCGUUUACGGCGGCGUGAUCAACCUCGUGUCGAGCGCAUUCUUCUCCGCCGACGUGGUCGACGUGGGCGAGGAGUCGGCGCACGGGUUACGGGAAGCCGUGGAGCAGAUCAUCGCGGCGAUCGCGAAGCCGAACGUCUCCGACCUCCUCCCCUUCCUCCGGCCGCUCGACUUGCAGGGAUGGCGUCGCUGGGCGGAGAAGCGCUACGACAAGGUGUUCGGCAUCUUGAAUAGCAUAGUCGACAGACGUUUGGCGGACGGCUCAGCGGGAAAGCACGCCGGCGACUUCCUGGACUCGCUCCUCGAGCUCCUCUCCGCCGGCAAGAUCGCUCGCGACGACGUGACAACCAUAAUGUUCGACGUCUUCGCCGCCGGGACCGACACGAUCGCCAUCACGGUGGAGUGGGCGAUGGCGGAGCUGCUCCGCAACCCGAGCAUAAUGGCCAAGGCGCGCGCGGAGAUGAAGCGCGUCCUCGCCGGCGGCAAGAACGCCGCCAUCGAGGAGAACGACGUCGUGGAGAAGCUACCCUACCUGCAGGCCGUCGUGAAAGAGGCGCUGCGCCUCCACCCGGUGGCGCCGAUACUGCUGCCGCACCGCGCGGUGGACGACGGCGUGGAGAUCGGCGGCUACACCGUGCCCAAGGGCUCGACGGUGAUCUUCAACGUGUGGGCGAUCAUGCGCGACCCAGCCGCGUGGGAGAGGCCCGACGAGUUCAUGCCCGAGCGGUUCUUCCACCGGGCGGAGGAGGCGGCGGAAUUCCGAGGAAAGGACUACGUGUUCAUCCCGUUCGGCACCGGCCGGCGGCUGUGCCCCGGGCUGCCGAUGGCCGAGCGCGUCGUGCCGCUCAUCCUGGCGUCGCUGCUGCACGCGUUCAGGUGGAAACUACCCAACGGCAUGGCAGCCGAGGCGUUGGAUGUCAGUGAGCAGUUCACCACCGUCAAUGUUCUUGCUGCUCCACUCAAGGCUGUCCCUGUAAUUGAUUCUGACGAAAUUUAAGUGAACUAGCCUUGAGUUAAUUAAAGAACUUUUUUUGAAUUUUUCUUGGAAUAACUAAUGCAGCAAGUCGUGCAUUGGCACAAUUAUAGCUAUCCUCGUU